AUGCAGAUUCCGUUUUGGCCCAUUUUAAUUUCUCUGCUGGAAAGGUUGAAUGGUCAGAUUCUCCUGGUGAUUCUGGUCAUGUUUCUUUUGAUUAUGGACCUUCUGAAAAAGAGACGUCCCAGGAAUUUCCCUCCAGGGCCACAGCUUUUUCCUCUCGUGGGAACCUUUGUGGACUUUAAGCAGCCCCUCCACCUCGCUCUGCAGAAGCUCACUCCUCGGUACGGCAACAUCUUCAGCGUGCAGUUUGGAAGUCUGACAUUUGUGGUAGUCAACGGAUACCAGAUGGUGAGAGAAGCUCUUGUCCAUCAGGCCGAAAUAUUUGCAGAUCGUCCAAACAUUCCACUUCUUCAAGAAAUUUUUAGAGGCUUUGGGCUUAUAUCAUCAAAUGGGCAUAUAUGGAGGCAACAAAGAAAGUUUACUUUAUCAACACUGAAAAGCAUUGCUGUAAGUUUUGAGGAAAAGGUACAAGAGGAGAGCCGCUAUCUCGUCGAGAUAAUAGAGGAAGAGAAAGGACAACCAUUCGACCCUCAUUAUAAAAUUAACAGUGCUGUCUCAAAUAUUAUCUGUUCCAUAACUUUUGGGAACCGCUUCGACUACCAUGACAACCGUUUCCAGGAACUGCUGCAUUCGCUGGCUGAAACACUGCUCCUCAUAGGAAGCUUUUGGGGCCAGCUGUACAACGCUUUCCCCUUGGUAAUGAGGUGGCUACCGGGACCCUUCAGGAAAAUCUUUAGGCACUGGGAGAAACUUAAACAUUUUGUGAAGGGAGUGAUUGCAAAACACAAGGAGGAUCUGGAUCAGUCUGAAUCGGGCGAUUACAUUGAUUGCUACCUGAAGGAGAUGGAAAAGUGGAAGGGUGACACCAGCUCUUACUUCCACGAGGAAAACCUGCUGUGCUCCACCCUGGACCUCUUCCUGACCGGGACCGAGACGACCGCCACCGCCAUCCGCUGGGCCCUGCUCUACAUGGCCGUGUACCCCCAUGUCCAAGAGAAAGUGCAGCUGGAAAUAGACGCCGUGAUCGGGCAGGCCCGCCAGCCGGCGAUGGAUGACAAGGACAACAUGCCGUACACCAGCGCGGUGCUCAGCGAAGUGCUGAGGAUGGGCAACGUGGUGCCGCUGGGGGUCCCCAGGAUGUCCACCGGCGACACCACCCUGGCCGGCUUCCACCUGCCCAAGGGCACCACGCUGAUGACCAGCCUGACUUCCAUCAUGUUUGACAAAAACGUGUGGGAGACUCCAGACACCUUUAAUCCUGAACAUUUCCUGGAAAAUGGCCAGUACAGGAAGCGGGAGGCUUUCCUGCCUUUCUCUGCAGGCAAGCGGGCUUGUCCCGGCGAGCAGCUCGCCAGAACGGAGCUGUUCAUCUUCUUCACGGCCCUCCUGCAGAAGUUCACCUUCCGGGCCCCGGCCCACGCCGCGCUGACCUUCGACUUCACGCUCAGCCUCACGCGCUGCCCCAAGCCCUUCCAGAUCCGGGCGCUGCCUCGCUGCUGAGCUUCCUGGCACGUCAGCCCUUUGCCGUGGGGAGAAGGUCCCUUUUCCCCACCAGCCCGUUACAUUCUUGGAUGAGGUGGUGGUCUCUGGAUACUCCAGGCCCAGCAGCUCGCCGUACAAGCCGCGCUGGGACGUGCACACUCGGGGAUCGCAUCUCCACGCUGAUUUGAACAUUCAGGUGGCCACGGCAAGCAGCCAAUGCCAACCUCGACACCUCAGCUGGCCUCAAGUUGCCCAUGGUACGAGGUCCCCAUGCUCCUGCGUUGCAUGGAGAGACCAUUUCUCAGCCAGGAUCAUUGCAACGGCAGCAUCCAGUUUUUUUAUCUCAUGUAUAUACAGAAAAUUUGGUGAGGAAGCUAUAGGCUGGUAGAAGCAGCCUCCACCAUAGGCCAUGCUGAGCAGGAGCAAACACGGAGCCCUGCUUUCGGGCAGGUCUCAAAUGGCUAUAAAGAUUUAACAUUACACUUGUCUGAGGAGGAAAGGUU